UCCCUCCACCAUACUCAUUUUCUUUUACCGAAAGUUUCGGCUGAAAUCGGGAUAUACGGAGUAUAUUCUUCAACCCUAGAAGAUACAGUAUUUUCUGCUCCCCUCUCUCUGCAUAUACUUACCAGGCGUCGACUGUGGUGGCGGUGGAGGAAAAUGACGGCGAGAACGGUGGAGAUAACGAAGCCCCGAUCGGACAAGAGGGAGUACAAACGAAUUGUGCUCCAGAACUCUCUGGAAGUCCUUCUCAUCAGCGAUCCUGAAACCGAUAAGUGUGCCGCUUGCAUGGAUGUUGGGGUUGGUGCGUUUAGCGAUCCAAAGGGUCUUGAAGGCCUUGCCCAUUUCCUUGAACAUAUGCUGUUUUAUGCAAGUGAGAAGUAUCCCUUGGAAGACAGUUACUCAAAAUUCAUCUCUGAGCAUGGAGGCAGUACAAAUGCAUUCACCUCUUCUAAGAACACAAACUACUAUUUUGAUGUCAACAUUGACAGUUUCGAAGAAGCCUUGGACAGGUUUGCUCAGUUCUUCAUUAAGCCACUAAUGUCAUCUGAUGCUACCAUGAGAGAGAUUAAAGCUGUUGAUUCUGAACACCAAAAGAAUCUACUAUCUGAUGCUUGGAGAAUGAACCAGCUUCACAAACAUCUGAGUGCAGAAGAUCAUCCAUACCAUAAGUUCAGCACAGGAAGUUGGGAUACAUUGGAGGUCUGUCCAAAAGCAAGAGGCUUAGAUACAAGACAAGAGCUUCUUAAGUUUUAUGCAGAAAAUUAUUCUGCUAACAUAAUGCACUUAGUCAUUUAUUCAAAGGAUAGCCUUGAUAAAUCUGAGAGAUUAGUACAGAGUAAAUUUGAAGAAAUUCGAAAUAUUGAUCGAAGUCGUAUGCAUUUUACUGGUCAGCCUUGCACACCAGAAUAUCUGCAGAUUCGUGUCAAAACUGUUCCAAUCAAGCAAGGUCAUAAGUUACGUAUUAUAUGGCCUAUAACGCCAGGCAUACAUCAUUACAAGGAAGGGCCUAUAAGAUAUCUAGGUCACUUGAUUGGCCAUGAGGGAGAGGGAUCUUUGUUUUACGCAUUGAAGAAGUUGGGUUGGGCUACUAGUUUAUCUGCUGGUGAAUCAGACUCAACAACUGAGUUUUCCUUCUUUAAAAUAGUUAUUGAUUUGACAGAUGUGGGUCAUGAACAUUUUGAGGACAUUGUGGGCUUACUAUUCAAGUAUAUCCACCUCCUGCAACAAUCCGGUCCCUGCAAGUGGAUAUUUGAUGAGCUUUCAGCAAUUUGUGAAACUGCUUUUCACAAUCAAGACAAGAUUCGUCCCAUUGAUUAUGUUGUCAAUGUUGCAAUGGAUAUGGAGCUCUACCCCCCAGAAGAUUGGCUAGUAGGAUCAUCUUUGCCAUCAAAGUUCAACCCAAGCAUUAUCCAGUCAUUCUUAGAUGAACUCACUCCUUUGAAUGUGAGAAUUUUCUGGGAGUCAACCAAGUUUCAGGGGCAUACUGACAAGACUGAACCUUGGUAUGGAACUGCUUAUUCUUUGGAGAAAAUAGAUGAUUUGCUGAUUCAGAAAUGGAUGGAACAAGCACCUGAUGAAGAUUUGCAUCUUCCUGCCCCUAAUGUUUUCAUUCCAACUGAUCUUUCUCUUAAGCAUGCCUUAGAUAAGACAAAGCUUCCAACAUUGAUGAGAAAAUCACCAUAUUCAAGGUUGUGGUACAAGCCGGAUACCACAUUUUCUUCUCCAAAGGCAUAUGUUAUGAUCGACUUCAAUUGCCCUUACAGUGGAACUUCUCCAGAGGCAGAACUUCUCACAGAUGUUUUUACCCGUUUAUUGAUGGACUACUUGAAUGAAUAUGCAUAUCAUGCACAGGUUGCUGGUCUGCAUUACAAUAUAAACAAUACAGAUAGUGGUUUCCAGGUAACAAUAUUUGGAUAUAAUCACAAAUUGAGGAUCUUAUUGGAAGCAGUUGUCAAAAAGAUUUCACAGUUUGAAGUGAAGCCUGAUAGAUUCUGUGUUAUUAAGGAAUUGGUGACAAAGGAAUAUCAGAAUAUCAAGUUCCAACAGCCAUAUCAACAGGCUAUGUAUUACUGUUCUCUAAUGCUGCAUGAUCAAACAUGGCCUUGGAAUGAUGUACUUGAACUUCUACCCCACAUUGAAGCAGAGCAUCUCUUGAAGUUUUAUCCUCUGAUGCUGUCAAGGACUUUCUUAGAAUGUUAUGUUGCAGGAAAUAUUGAACCAACUGAAGCAGUGUCAAUGAUAGAGCAUGUUGAGGAUAUUUUCUACAAUGGGGCAAAACCUAUAUCUCAGGCUCUGUUUGCUUCUCAACAUUUGGCUAGCAGAGUGGUUAAGCUUAACAUAGGGAGAAACUACAUUUACGCCAGACAAGGCUUGAAUCCCAGUGAUGAAAAUUCCGCACUCCUUCAUUACAUUCAGGUUCAUCAGGAUGAUUUCCUGCAGAAUGUCAAACUUCAGCUUUUUGUUCUGAUGGCAAAGCAACCCGUUUUCCAUCAGCUUAGAUCAGUUGAGCAACUUGGCUAUAUCACUGUGCUUUUGCACCGGAACGAUUUUGGUGUUCUAGGAGUACAAUUUAUUAUUCAAUCUUCAUUGAAGGAUCCCAAGCAUAUUGACUCAAGGGUGGAGGAGUUCCUCAAAACGUUUGAGAGUAAGCUUUAUGAGAUGCCAGAUGAUGAAUUUAAGAGCAAUGUCACGGCACUUAUUGAUAUGAAGCUUGAGAAGCACAAGAAUUUACGGGAGGAGUCUCGGUUUUACUGGAGGGAAAUCUUUGACGGGACCCUAAAAUUUGAGAGGCGGGAACAAGAGGUUGUAGUGCUCAAGGAACUGACGAAAAAAGACCUGAUUGAAUUCUUCGACGAACACAUAAAAAGCGGCGCUCCUCAGAAGAAGGCUUUAAGCAUUAGAGUGUAUGGAAGCCCUCAUUCUGAGCGGUUCGAGGCAGACCAAAAAGAGCCAUUGGAUGAACCAAACAUUGUUAGGGUCGAAGACGUGUUCAGUUUCAGACGAUCUCAUGAGCUAUACGGUUCAUUCAAAGGAGGCCUCGGUUUCAUGAAAUUGUAAGUGAAGACUGAAGAGCAUCCUCCGGUUUCUUAACCUCAUUAGGAAAGUGCUAAAGUCAUUCCAUCUCUCUCACCUUACCCUUUUGCCCUAAUCUUCCCACGGACAUCAUUGAAUAGUAAUGAGUGUCCUGCGAGAAGACAGGGUGCCCUAAAUCCGCGCCUGUUUAAUUGUUGUUCUCGCGAAGAAAUUAUUUCAGAUGCUUGCCCGCCGGAAGUUCCAGGGGCCUACACGACUCAAACAAACCACUGCUUAAGUUAAUUGGCUGAAGUAGUCUUUGAUUCUACUGUUAAACUGAUUAAAUCAAAACUGAUGACUUUGGUCAAAGGGUUUUACAAAAUGGAUAAGUAGCCUAAACAUUCCAUUGCUUGUUCUUUUCUUUCGGUUUUACAGGCUCAUGCUUGGGAUCAUCUUUUAUGGUUACGUUAGCAUGGUUCAUC